AUAUUAUAAAACUCCCGAUCUUUAAAGUUUUGGUAUCAUUCAACGUCGACUCAAAACUCAAACUCAAGAAUAUAGUCAAUAUUGAAAUACCUAGUGUCGUUUAUCCAAUUUUCUAAGACACUUUUAGAAGAAAACAUGACCUUUAAAGGCUUGAAACUGAUGGUGUCCGUGUUGGCGUUGGCCACUUAUUCACUGGCCGCGCCGUCCACCAGACCACAGCCGCAGACGGCCAAGUCGGCCGAGGACCAGACGGCCCGGGACACGCUACUCGAACUCGCCGCGGCCCUGAUGACCGGCGGAGCCAUAGCGUCGGUGGCGGGCGGCCGGAAAACGGAUGUGCACCACCACAAUGAUGGUCAAAGUCACAAGCCGCAACACCACCACGCCAUUUCCACGUUAAUUCACUUGUUUCUGACCAUCGGUAGCGCGUUUGCUCCACUGGUGGGUGCCAUCGUCGGGCCGCUGUUGACCAAUGUAGCUAAUGGCAUAACGUGGGCCAUAUCACACACAAUUGCUUCUGGAUUUUCACCUCCACACGGAUUAUUCUCGCCGGAACUCGGCCACGGAACCGAUCACAUCAAAGAACACCUGACGUCUUACGCUGCCGAAGGUCAAUCCGAAACGGGCUCUGACGCGAUUCAUCAAGUACAGCAACCCGUCGCGGCUGUGGAACCGUCUGAACCAGCGACGGUCGAUGACACCAGACAUGAAGUGAAGAAAAUAAUAUGAUGAUCCACCACAAACGAAUAUAUUUAUUACAGAUUAUAUAUGAUCGCGACGACUACGGUUUCUUUUUUUUCCGAAUAGUUUCGUUCGCCGUGAAUGCAGUUUAAUUUAUUUUAUAUAUUAUUGUUCGUUGAACCCCAUGAUUGUAUAAAUAACAAUAAAUCAUUAAUUAUUUGUA